CUAUACAUAAUUUCAUUUCCGAUUUUUCAGAGUAAAUACUACAGCACCAAAUUUGCCCCACCAAAAAAAGAGUCAAAGGAUAAAAAGUUGUCUGCAAAUAUACAGAAAUUCCUUCAAAAACGUGAACAGGAAGAACGCGAGCGGGAGAAGGAUAAGCAACAGAAACUGGCAGAUUUACUAUCGAUGCGAGAUGAAAAGUCCAAAAACAAAAUUAAAAAAAUGCUAAAAGUCACAAAAUCCGCAAAUAAAUCUGUUUUGGAUGAUGCAGUCAACACCGACCACACUGCUGUUACUAUGGCAGGUCCGGAUCAACCAGAUCAGGACGACUACGGAUAUGUUUCGACAGAGGCAAAUGCUUUUUAUGCAAAAUACAUUGAAAAGGUAAAAGACGUAAAAGAGGACAAAGGAUUUGCUCCUAGUCGACCACAAUCGCUCAAAGAUCUCUCAGGUACAAAGGAGCGCGUCAAGGCAGCAAUUACGCGUGAAAUUGAAGAAAAGAGAGGUCACAAAGGUCAACGAGUAUCAAGCAUCACCACUGCUGUAAGUACCAGUGGCAAGGAACCAAAGGAACCAAGCAUAGUGCGUCCCAGCUCAUCCAAAUCUCUUUAUGACCCUGAAGCCGAACGGCGAGAAGAAGAACGUAAGAAGCGUGAAGAGGAGCAACAACGUAAGAAGAAUCGAAAACCCCUACCCCCACCAAUGGACUUUCAGGCUUUACUUAAACUUGCCGAGAAAAAGCAACAUGAACCAGUUGAAAUACUACCGGUUGUCAAGAAAAAAGAGCCAGAACGCUUGCUAACAAUGAAAGAGAAGAAAGAAAUGGAGGAGCGCCAGCGUGCAAAGGAAGCGCGUGAACGUAGAGACCGUGAGCGGGAAAAAGAGCGCACUAUUGGUUCGGGCAGCACAAAAGAACGACGAGAAAUUAGUAACAGUAGCUCCUCUUCGAGUGGUCCGGCGCGUAUGGAACCAAAUGGACGUAUACCAAAAUUAAAUCAAUCAACAAAACCAAACACGUCGACUACUACUGCUCAAUCACUAAACAGCAAAGCCGGCAUUGUUUCCGUAAAACCUUCCACAGCCACUAGCGGAACAAAUGGUUUUAAAAAGCCACAUACUUCUUCCUCAACUUCUUCAAUAUCGUCACAAAAGGAUGCACCGAAUUCUCAUGCGAAAGUAACAUCCUCAUCUGCUGUGUCCUCAUCAUCAGUAAGUACCAAACAAUCUCAUUCCAUACCAAACAAAUCAACUGCAGCGUCAACCAAUUCGAAGUCGGUAUCAUCGUCCAGUGCCUUAGGCAAUAGCAGCGGCAGUAGUAAGAAUCCUUAUGGUAGUUCCUCAAGCAAAAAUCCGUUUAACGGUCCGUCUCGUGAAUUUCCGCCACGUGAUACAAAAUUGGCGAAACCACGACAGUUUCCACCGCCAGAUGUACAGCGCAAUCGGGGUAAGGAGACAAAGAAACCACAACCAAAUAAAAGACUGCGCAUCGAAGAUGACGAUUCCGAAUACGAUUCUGAAAUGGACGAUUUUAUUGACGACGGUGACGAAGAAGAAGAUUACUCAUCACAUAUCCGCGCAAUCUUUGGCUAUGAUAAGCAAAAGUAUCGUGAUUUAGAUGACAACGAUGAUGCCGCUAUGGAAUCCAAUUUCGCGCAAGUACAGCGGGAGGAGUAUAUUAGCAAGAAGAUUGGUAUACAGGAGGACUUAGAAGACAUGAAAUUGGAGGCAAUGGAAAAGCGCCGAAAGAUGUUGGCUAAGAAGCGAAAACUCUAAAUAAUGCUCUAAUUGAUAUGUUAUGAUUUGCAAUAUACUGAUAAUUGUGUGAAUUUAAAUUAAAUAGGUUUUGGUUGGUUGCUUUCACCCUUCUAUUCAAUUAUUUCGAACUUUGUUACACAUUUUGUUUUCAUUAUGAAAUGCUUUGAUUUCAAUUAGUAUAAACUAGCCACAAUAUUUAUAACUGUACAUAAAUAUUUACAUGCAUAUAUUUAAGUUAUCAAAAAAAUGUAUUUAUAAUGUACACAUGU